UUCUUGAAUUCAAGAGAAGUGAAAGAGGAUGGUGAUACUGAGGCCAGGGAUCCAAACUUGGUUUGUGUAAUGUCUCCACAGCAUUUGAAGCAAAUCCUGCAUCCUGUUGUGCUUCUGAAGGAUUCUACCAAGAUAAAAGGGUACCACUGUGCAGCUUGCCAGGAGACAGCCCAGAGUAUAUCCUCAAUUAUUGAGCACCAUCAUUGUAUGCACUUCCAGCAAAAUGUCCAUUUGUGUCAGACCUGUGGAUGCUACUUCACUAAUGCACAGCAUCAAUGUGUCCAAGUAGUUGGCAGCUAUCAAUUACCACUUGGAAACUCCAGUGACCCAUAUCGACCCCAAAAGGAGAGAAAAGGGAGUGGGUGUGCAUUGCACAAAUGUCAGUACUGUGGUCAGGUCUUUCACAGAUUAUAUGAAUUUCAUCAGCACGAACGGAAGCAUACAGGCAUUACACCAUUCAGGUGUAGUAAAUGUGGCUUGUACUUCGCUCAGUCUUCCAGUUUGAGCCGUCAUAAGCGCUUUAACAGAUGCCGACGACAUCCUCUGCAAAAUGCUGCUCCAAAACAUACGGAACAGAAGCCAAACUCCAGCGGCCUGGAACAGCAAUGUGAGAAAUUGUUUGAGGUACCCCCUGGAAGCCCACAAGUUAAACUGCGUAAUUGCUAUGUGAGAUUAGUGGACUUUCGCAAGAAUGGCCAACCGCCUAAGCAAAACAGUUGUGAGAUAUGUGGGAAGGAUUUUCACCUUAGGGCGCAACUUAUUGUUCACCUCAGUUCACACACAGAUGAUAGACCAUAUAAGUGUCACAGUUGCCUGAAGACGUUCAAACAUUCCUGCAAUUUAUACAGGCACAGGAAGCAGCAUUGCUCUGGCAUCAACAUAAACAGUCUGGGUACUUUUGCAGGUCCAUUAAAAGCUGUAGUGGGGCAAUACAAGUGCCCCCUUUGUCCAAGUUUUUUCAAGUAUUCCCACAACCGUUUUCGGCACCUGCGGGAACUGUGCCUCAAAGAAUAUUCAAGGCUAGGGAAAGGUAAGGUGGGCAAUGUGUACAAAUGUGCACUGUGCAACAGCACUUUUGCUAAUCCAUCCAAUCGAACCAGACACAUAAGGAUGAGUUGCAUGAAGGAGUAUGUUCGCCGGGAGAGUCAGAAGAUAAAAAGGAAUUAUCAGGAAUGGAAGAAAUUGUCUCUUGCAAGACACCAGCAGCGAGACAAUCCUCAGCAGCAAGAAAGGCAACAGCUUGUAACACGACCUCAGCAGAAUCAGGGAAAACGUCACAAGUGCAAUCUGUGCCCUGCCACUUUUGCUCACGCGUCUGGAAAGUACAAACACAUGCGGAAACAUAAGUUGUAUGAGAAGACCGGACAACAGUUGAAGUACCGAACUUCAGUCCUUCUAAAACCAAACAGAGGGGGUACCAGUAAGAUGUCUAAUGGCAGUGAAACUGACAAAAAUGCAGGGUGCCUUCCUUUCUCUUGCCGUUUUUGUGGAAAGUCUUUCCAGGUGUCAUGCUCCCUGAAGAAGCACAUGCAGAUGCACAGGGGUGAGCGGCCAUAUCGCUGCCAGGAAUGUGGUAAGCGGUUUUUGAAGAAAUCGCACCUAGUCACUCACAAAAAUGUCCAUCAGCGAAGGAUACAGUGUACUGUCUGCAAGAAGAUACUUCCCACCAUUGGUGAGUUAAUAAAGCACAGACAAGACCACAUUAAAAAAGGGAUGCUGAAGUGUCCUGACUGCCCAUUGAAGUUCAAGUACCCUUCCUACCUGCUCCGGCACUUACCCACACAUACUCGCAUGCAGCAACGGCCACAACAGUCGCAGAAUUAUCCACAACAGCACGAGAAGAAGCAACAAGACAGUGAAGAGCAGUUUCAGUGCUCCCUUUGCCAUGGGGUCUUUGACAGUGCCACGGAGCUAAAUAAACACUGUUUAACCCAUAUGCCAAAGUGUUCCACAUGUCGUUGCCCUUUGUGCAAACGCCAAUUCAGCAGUCGCGCUGCUUUGGUCCGCCACAUGCGUUUACAUACUGGAGAAAAACCAUAUUGCUGUCAGGCAUGUGGAAAACGCUUUGCACGGAAUGAGGCCCUUAAAACUCACAGAGAGAAGUGUUCUGAAGCACAGAGAGAGCUAGCUGUUAGUGAGCAAGAAGAGAAUGUGAGUGAAGCACUGACAAUGAAGUUGUAUAAGUGCAAAUACUGUCCAAAAACAUUUGUCUGGCCCUGCAGCUUAUCGAAACAUCACAAAGGCCAUGAAUUUAGGAUUCUCUUUCCAUGCUCCAAAUGUGGUAAGUGCUAUAAAAAACUGAAGUUAGGGUCUCAUGAGAGAGUCUGUGACCUCCAAACCAAAAAGCAUAAGGAGGCCUCACACCUUCAGAUAUCUAAAUGCAAGAAGUGUGGAAAGGCAUUCUGUAGAAAGUACAACUGGAGCAUUCAUGAGCAAAGAUGCAAGGGCUCCAGUUCUGUUUUGAAAGCAAGUUUAAUGAAAACAGGUGCCAAAGAUGUAAGCACCCUGAGUACAGACAAACUGAAGCACAGAUGUCCUCAAUGUCCUAAAGCUUUCAGGUACCGCAGUUACCUCUUGAAACACCUUGUGGUGCACACAGGGGAGAAACAGUAUGAAUGUAUGCAUUGUGGCCAUAAAUACGUAAGUCACCGCCGAUAUCUUGAACACGAAGCCUUCUGCGACGGUGUUUAUAGAUACAGGAGAUCAAGAGCUGAGAUGGAUGUUCUAAAAAGUAAGCAACUGUCAGCAUCCAAACAAAAAGUUGGGCAGGUAAUUAAAGGAGAAGGUGAGGGUGAGUACAAGUGUAAAUUCUGCACCAAAAGCUUCAUGAGGUCAAAGAACCUAAGGCUUCACAUCUUGUCCCACACUGAAGUCAAGCCAUACCGCUGCAAGACCUGUGAGAGCUGCUUCUCCCGAUAUGAUCAUCUCAGGUUGCACCAAAAUCGUUGCAAAGGAAAGAGGCAACGUCUUGAAGUGCGCGUCUUCAGACUCAAUCUAGAGGAUCUGAGAAAGGGUUGGCAAAAUAACCAAGAGAAACCAGAAGAAAAAGAUGGGAAAAUGGUUAAAUGCAGUUCCUGUGGCAAAUGUUUUACUAGUAAAAUCAAUUUGUCUCGCCAUGUAGCCUUGCAGCACACCACAGUAAAACCCUUCUGCUGCAAACACUGUGGCACUUCGUUCUCCCAACAGUGUACAUUAAAGAAGCAUAGUUUAAAGUGUAAGGACAGGACUUUUUCUUCCCCUAGAGCGUGGAACUUUCGUCACGAAGUUAACAGUCAUUCUGCAAAGGAAAAUGAUAGUGACAAGCCGUGCAGGGAGACGUCUAAGCUGCUCAUGAGGAUUCAGAAGCACUACUCAGACAAAAGGAAGUAUGAAUGUGCUUACUGUCCCCGCCGCUUCAAAAACCAAGACCAACUAACAGUGCACACCCGCCUCCACACAGGGGAGAAACCCUUUGGCUGUGCUAACUGUGGUGAACGCUUUAUCCGUCGAGAUUAUUUACAAAGGCAUCUGAUAAAGUGCAAGCUUGGCAGGGAAAGUACAGAGAGAGUGCUGUGUGAUCAGUGUGGUGCAUUGCUCUUUCCAGACCAAUUACGAAGCCACCAGAGGAGCUGUGUUAGCAAUCCAAAAACACCUGACCGCUAUGACAAAGACACUGCAAGUAAGAGUGCAUCUCCAAAGACAAGGGGCUUCUCUUGUGCAAACUGUGAUGCACGCUUUUUAUUGUUCUCACAACUCCAGCAGCACUUUCUUAGCACACAUAGAGAGGACAUUUAUCAGCAGCCCCAAAAGUCACCAGCACCACUCCAGCUGCAGUUGUCAAGUAUUGGAAAAGUCAAGGAAGAACCAGUGGAUCAAGGCUAUGAAACAAACUAUCCAAUAAAUUGCAACAUUUUGGCUGAAAAGACCCCUCCACGCACAGAAUAUGAAAUGAAGAAACCAUUUGUGUGCAAAUAUUGCAACUUGCGUUUCUGUAAUAACAGUGGGCUUGGUAUGCACGUGCGAACUCAUUUGCGCAAUUUUCCUUUCUUUUGCUCAAAUUGCAAAAGGGGCUUCUGGAAUAAGCAUGUGUUUCAGAAACACCAUAAACAGUGCCGUAGGACACAGAUGAUAAAAGAGGAGGAAAAUGCAGAGAGUACAAUUCCUACUGACAUGAAUGCUAGUGUUGAAAAUACUGUUCUGGUAUUCAACAGUGGGUCAAAAACCACAGGGACAGGAGUGCUCCAAACUAAGUUCUCUUGUAAGGACGGCAACAAAGAGAAGGAGGAUUCAGCUCAGAAUCGACCUAAACGGAAAUCCCUCACAACAGUAGAUGAUACUGGACACAAGUAUCAAUGCUCUGAAUGUGAUCAAAGCUUCACUGAUGGGCUUCUACUCAUUAGUCAUUUGGAAGACCAUGGGCGUAAUGAGCAACAACAAAAACAAGGUCAUGCCUGCAACCACUGUGGCAGGGUUUUUAGUCAGCCAGGGAUGCUUUCACAGCAUUUGAAACUGCAGCAUAGUGUAAGGAUGCCCUAUACAUGUCCUGAAUGCCCAAAGACCUUCCGCUGUCCUUCAGAUCUGAAUGUCCAUAGGUGCUGUCAUGACCCCAGUCGGCCUUUUGUCUGUAGUUUGUGCCACUUAAGGUUUUGGUCAAGUUCAUCUUUAAACAAACACUCUUCUCUAGUACACCCUGUGCAAAAAUCCAAUAGUCUAUUUGUCUGUAAACCCUGUGGUAAGUCAUAUUCGUUGAAAUCCUCAUACCGAAAACACUGCAGGGUUAAGCAUCGCAAAGUGUUGAAGGAGGCAAGAAUGGAUGACCAGAUAAAAGGUCUGGUUCGCUCUGAGCAAGAGUUACGUAUAGAGGUGAAUGUUGAAGGGGAACGCCAAGCUGACAGUGAUGAAGGUGAGGAUGAUGAUGACUCUGACUCUGCACCCUACUUUCCUUGUCAUGUCUGUGGAAAAACCUUCACCACUUCAGAAAGUUUGGAGGAUCAUCAGCGCUGUCACCUUGGUGAGAAGCCUCAUGAGUGUGAAGAAUGCGGCAAGUGUUUUUUCCAGCUUAGCAACCUGCAGCAGCACCAGCGCAGCCACAAAUCGGAGUUCCAGUGCCAAACGUGCGGUCGUGGUUUUGUGUCGUUGUUUGCCUUGCGCAAACAUAAGCACACUCAUGGCAAGAGCCGUCCUCACCGUUGCUCCAAGUGCCAGCUGAGCUUCACAGGACCUUCCCAACUGGCAGAGCAUAUGGCCACCCAUCGUGAUGAAAACUUUCCCUGCGAUCUCUGUGACCGCACUUUUACCUGUAAGCUCAGUCGUGCUGAGCACCGUAAGAGCCACACUGAAUCAGAGGACUGCCUUCCACCUUUGCUCUCGCCACAAACAGCUUCUCCCUCACUGUCUUCAUCUAUUCCCCUUAAUGUGGAUCAGCAGAAAUAUCGCUGCGGGAUUUGCUGCAAGCGAUUCCAGGACCCAGAACAACUGUCAGAACAUGGAUGCCUUGCAGCCAGAGAACGUCCUUACUCCUGCCCAGAUUGCGACCAACACUUCUUGCAUGGAUCUCACUUGAAGAAGCACCAACUCAGCCAUCAGCUUUCGCAACCAUUCCUAUACCAGUGUAAUCGAUGCCACGUGUGUUUCAGCUACCGUCAUCACUUCCUCAAUCAUUUAAAGAGGCAUGGAAUCGAAGAGUGUGGAGAUGCACCGGAGGUUCUGAGCAAAAAGCAUGCCUCAAAUGCAAGUGGGACCAUGUUGGAGAACAAAUACCAAUGCCCAAUUUGCCCACACCGUUUUUCCCAUGCAAUGCAAUUAGCGGAACACCUUUCUAUACAUGAUGAGAAUACUUACGAAUGUAAACUUUGUGGUGAGGCUUUCGUAGGCAAAAGCAAUCUUGUGGAACAUGAGAAAUGUCAUCUGACUGCCUCUACUCAGUAUGAAUGUACUGAGUGUGGUGAUAGCUUCUUUGGUUGUGAUGCCUUCCGCCAGCACCACUGUGCCCGUAAACAACAUAUAGUGAGAGAAGAUGUUCAAACUGUACCAUCUUCCCCCUCCUACAAAAAAACAAUGACAUUGUCAACUUCAGGAACUGCAAAAACCUUUGAAGAGGAAGAGGAGGUAGAUGUUGGGGAGGAUUUCUACAGCUGCCCUGUCUGUAGCAAGCGGUUCUCUUCUAAACACCAUCUCAAGGAACAUCAAAGACAGCAUGCUGAUUAUUGCCCCUUCAAGUGCCUGGUGUGUGGCAAGUACUUUGCUCAAAAGAGAUACCUCAAAAAGCACCAGCUAAUCCAUCAGCGAGGCUACCGCUGCAACAUGUGCCCUCAGUCUUUCAGCAAUGAGAAAGACUAUAAGAUACACAAGAGUCUGCAUCACCAAAAGAGGAAACAUCAAUGCUCAGUGUGUCAGAAAUGUUUUGAAACUGUCCAAGGUCUCUGUCGGCACAGGUUGAUGCAUGCAGAACAACCUGGCAUGGAGGACCUCGGGGGUGACCAUCGUUGCGACAUGUGCUACAAAUCUUUCAGCCAGUUGUCGUCCCUACGGAGGCACCAGGAAACGCAUGUUGGGCAGGUUGUGUAUGAGUGUACAGAGUGUGAUAAGGCCUUUGCUUUCUUCCACCUCCUGGAGCAGCAUCAAAGUAGUCACGCUUCUUCAGCGUCAACUCCACUGUCACCAUCCCCUCAGGAUGAUCUCCUGUCCAUUCCAGCCAGUGAACAACCUUCUCCACCAAAACUGCAAGAUGUUAAUGCCUCUUUCUCAACGCCACCAGUUGUGGAUUAUGUAGUAAAUGAAAACCAUUUGUAGUGCCCAUGGGACUAUUUCUUGAAUGUACUGUGCUGUAGGGGCCCCUCACUGGUUCUAACUCUCCCAUUCCUGUCAUGUCCUCAAACUGCAGAAAUGGCAUGUUCUGAACAUUUCUUUGUUUUUUAGUAUACUUUGUGUAUGCGGAUGCUUACUACAGGUUGGGAUCUACUUCUGCUGUGGGACAAACAAAUAUUAAUACGGUAAAAACUGAAUGUUUGAUUUGUAUAUAUGUACAGUACAAUUUAGGUUAGUUAUAGGAUUUGUAAUUGGCUUUCGUUCCGUUUAACCAUAAUUCUGAAAGUACAGGUUAAAGAAAGUGUUUCCCUUUCUGAACAAAACAGUAUCUGUUGUUACUUACUGUAAAUUGUCACCCAGUAGUUAGUAAAGGUCCACCUCCUUGAUGAAUGAUUUCUACUUCAUUCAAAUAUGAACACAUGGAAGGCUUCAAGUGUCACAUUUUUUAUUUGUAUUGCACGAAGGAAGAUUCAUGAAAUGAAAUCAGUUCAUUUCAUACACAAAACUCUAAGUGUACCUACCAGUAUUAUAUCAGUGGACCUAGGAAUAUAUUUAACUGUCGUGAGAUAACUCUAUGAAUGGUCUUAACACUUUGUCCUUCAAUACUCAUAUUCAUUUCAGUUGUGUUUUUUUUAAACACCAUGAUGUAUUAUGCAUAUUGUAAAUGAAAUUGUUAGAAUUCCUUCCUGCAUAUACCAUCAGACUGAUGAUAUGUAUAUU